AUGGAAGCAUUCCACUAUUUGACCAACAUUGACUACAUCUAUUUUCAUAAAACUAAAAUAGGAAGAAUCGAAAGGAAAGCGUUUUCGAAAAUGUAUCAAAUCGAUCAUCUCUACUUCAAAGAGUCUAUACAUAUUGGAAUGAUUGAAUCGGAAGCAUUCUCUGGAAGUCGGAUUGAUGAGUUGAUUAUGGAUGGAGUGACUAUUGAGAGUGCACAUGACACAUUCCUUCUGAAUAUCGACUCGGAGAAUACUAUUAUGAAGAAUUGUUCGGUUUAUUUGGUGCCGAGGAAAGAGGAGAAUGUGAUAGAGUUCGAUGGCGAGCAGAAUAUUAUUGAAAAGUAA